AUGUCCCGCCACGAAUACCAGCCAACACUACGAUUUUCACGAAAGUAUUCGACAGUGCUCUUUUCAACUGUUCAGUCUCCAAAUACCAUUCACAAUAAAAUCAUGACUACAACGCUUCUCCUAAUCGGCACGGGCCCCGGCAUUGUCGCUUCCCGCUUCGCCAGCCAACACUUCGACAACAUUGCCUUGUUCGCCCGGGACCCUUCCAAUCUGUAG